GACCGGAAGUUGAGAAAUAGUGUAGCUAGCAUCACUAAAUUGACAUUGCGCACUGUACACAUGUUUCGGACAACAUGUGUAAGUAGGCUGUGCCAUCAUCAUUGAUUUAACACAGACGAUAUGAGUUUUCGAGUGAAUCCGAGGCUGCUGUACAAGAACAUUGAAGAUCUUGUACGAUUUACACAGAAAAGGCAUCGUGUGAAAACCAAGUGGGCAGCGACACGGCCUAAAGUAAGUCCCAGUGAUCUUGCUCUGCACAACUUUGAUGCUUCCUAUGGUCUUCAGUUUGGGGAGUUGUGGCCUUCGGUGCGUGUGAGCUUGCUCUCUGAGCAAAAAUACGGAGCCCUCUUUAACAAUUUCUCAUAUGACGACACCGUCACUCAACUACAGUCAGUUGGGUGUCGAGACUUUGUCACUGCUAGUGUGGACAUCACAAGUGAUGGUGCCCCUCGGUCCUUUACUGGCGACACCAGCAGUCACCAUUCAAAAGUCUCCAUCACUCCAAACGUGAGGUGUUUCGUUUUCCCCAAAGGAGAUACAUCGCGCUUCAAGGCAGCAAGGCAAGACCGUCAUGGGUUGUUGGGUUACUACCUCAUGGACGCAGCCUCCUUGCUCCCUGUCCUGGCUUUAGAUGUCCAGAAAGGAGAGUCAGUGUUGGAUCUCUGUGCUGCUCCUGGGGGAAAGACCUUGGCACUUCUUCAGGCGCAAGCCACCAGGUUUCUGUGGGUGAAUGACUGGUCGGAGUCGCGCAUGUCUCGUCUUCAGAGGACCCUCUUGAGCUUCCUCCCUGAUGACCUCUGUUCGGAGGACAAGCUGCGCAUCACAUGUUUUGACGGCCGCAAAUGGCAAGAACUGGGGCCCGAAAACACCUUUGACAAAGUUUUGGUGGAUGUCCCAUGCACAACCGACAGACACUCUUUAAUGGAAGAGAAUAACAACAUAUUCAGCCGUUCCAGGACGAAAGAGAGGCAGAACUUGCCGCUGUGUCAGACUCAGCUGCUACUAUCAGGGCUGCAGGCGGUGAGGAGAGGAGGAGAGGUCAUGUACGCCACGUGUACCCUCUCCCAGCUGCAAAACCAAUGUGUGGUGGAGCAGGCCAUGAGGCUCGCUGAAGAGGAACUGGGGAUAUGCACUGAGGUCGUUGACCUCCAACCAUUUACCGCCCUCUUCAAGGACACCUUCCAUUUCGCUCCAGACAUGAAUUUAGGGGUGAUGGUGCUGCCACAUCUCACAGCCAAUUUUGGACCCAUGUAUUUUUGCAAGUUGCGACGACUUGCUUAGAACUUCAGAAUCAGAUUCACCGUGAUAUCAUAUCCUGGCAGUUGUUUUCUGAUGAUAUUCUACUGGACUACCUGUUCCGCAGUGUUCUCAACAUUUUUCUAUACUGAAGUGAACUCUGUGACAUUGGUAAGCUGUUUACUUGAAACUAAAUCUAAGUUUACAGGCGUUCAACAGAUACUUACGGUUGGUGUAUGGAGCUCUGGAGUCACACAAGUUCAAAUGAACUGAUGACCACAGUGUUUCAAAGGCAAAAAAAGGAACAAUAACUACAAAAUCUCUAGCGUGGUGGCUGAAGUCGUAUAACAUGAAUUCACAACUCCUCUGUUAGCAAUAAAAACACCACUGAUACAUGAACAA